CUGAGCACCACGACCGAACCGACGACAACCUCAGUACUAACCACAGCGUCUCGAGUUCCUCAUUCACAAUGACGAAGGGAACAUCCAGCUUUGGCAAGCGCCACAACAAGACGCACACGCUCUGCAGGCGUUGCGGUCGUCGCUCCCUCCACAUCCAGAAGCACACUUGCGCCUCGUGCGGAUAUCCCGCUGCUAAGACCCGCAAGUACAACUGGGGCGAGAAGGCCAAGAGGAGGAAGACCACUGGCACCGGCCGCAUGCGAUACCUCAAGACCGUCUCCCGCCGAUUCUCCAAUGGAUUCCGUACCGGUACACCGGCUGGCGCGAAGGGCCCUUCCACUUCCUCGUAAACGAAGCACGUGCGUUAUUGGCGGAAUGGGAUGUGAGGCUGGAGAGGCGGGGUCAUGAUUGAGGACACCUUUUCACAGCGAGGUCAUUACUCGGGGCGUUUCAUGCUAUCCCGGUUGCUUUAUAUCGGUCCAGACGAAACACAAGAGGUCUUCUGGG